AGCGAACAUGCCGCCCAACCUCGUGCUCGUGCACGCGCACCCGCCUCACAACGCCACCGUGCUGCUGGACAACUACUUUGGCCAGCAGUUCAACUCGCUGAAUUCGGACGUCAAGGUGCACCCGAAGAGCGGGGCGAUCUUUUUCACGGAUGUGACCGUGGACUCGGGAGCUGCGGGUGGUUUCCUGGGAAGGAACACGACGCUGCCGUCUACCAUCUACGCGUUCGACGUCGAGCGCAAGUCGCAGGUGUUCCUCAACCGGCGUGUGUUCACGUACGUCGAUGCCGGCAUACCGGACGGGCUCCAGGUCGACACGGCGGGCAACAUCUAUUCCGGCUGCGCUGACGGCGUGCACGUCUGGAACAAGGAGGGCACGCUGAUCGGCAAGUUCUUUCUUGGAGCCGAGUCGGCCAACUUGGUGUUUGCGGGCAAGGGCAUGCUUGUGAUAUUGGCGGAGAGGGUGGUGUACUUGGCGGAGAUCGCUGCGGAUGGGGUGGAUUUGGCUGUCGACUGAGGUGUUUCGUGCGGGAGCCGAAGGAAACCGAGGGAGGAGGAGUUGUGAUGUACGCUCGGCUCGAUUUAGGGAAGUCACUGGUUUUUGUGUCGACUUUUUUUUCUUUCGCGUGCCUUUAUCGUGUACUUAUAGUCUGUUGUGCCAAAAAGCCCAGCCAAAAGUCAGAUUUACAGUGUUAAUGCCAAGUGGUUACAUCGAGAAGGACAAACUGCACAGAGCAAAGUGUACCCAUUAGGUUUAGACCAGACACUACGUAUACAUAAUUCCGCGAAGCACCGACGUAUGGGGUAGCUUCCGCGAAAUAUGUAGGCGAAACAUUUUGGCAUAGG